AUGGCCGCCGCCAUUUUGAAACUGGAGGCGAAACGAAGAGAGUCAAAUAAUAAGAGGAAGAAGAGGUAUGGUUGUCCGGUGCCACCCCUCUCUUCGAGCGGGCGCGGCGAAUGGCGGGUCCCGAGGUCGCGGCUUCCGCCGACGCCGGAGGCUGGGCUCGUCGCUGCCCUUGGUCGAGGGGUCGCUGUUGGCGCGGAGACCGCAGCAUUCAUGAUGAACGUAAUUCAGAUGGUGCGUGACCACUGGGUGCAUAUACUUGUCCCUAUGGGAUUUGUCUUUGGAUGUUAUCUAGACAGAAGGAAUGAUGAAAAGCUAACUGCCUUCCGGAACAAGAGUUUGUUAUUUAAAAGGGAAUUGAGACCCAAUGAAGAAACCACCUGGAAGUAAAAGGCUGUGACUGAAUUACAGAAUGUUCACAUUUUUAAAAUUAAGAGAGAAAUAAAAACACAUUAUUUAAUUUGAAGAA